UCGUUACGUAGCUUGCAACAGUCCCGUCGCUAAAGUCAAGGCAGCCGCUUCCGUGUUGUCCCUGUGUUUUUCUGCUGAUUAUUGUCGCUAGCGGGGCCGGAGCUCCGCGGACAGCCUCCGGACCGCAGCACGGCCAUGACCCAGUGAGAGCGGCCGUCGGACUGGGCCGCGAUCCGCCGCCAUGUCGCUCCUGCAGGGCUCCAAGAAGAAGGACAAGCGCAUUCUGUCCGGUACGUGCCCGGAUCCGCGGUGCGAGGCUCGGCUCUUCUUCCCCGCGCACGGCAGCGUUAGCAUCGAGUGCACCGAGUGUGGCCAGCGGCACGACCAGAAGAGCCUGCUCCGCGUCGAGGAGGUGACCGAUCCCGAUGUGGUGCUCCAUAACCUGCUGAGGAAUGCUCUGCUCGGCGUCAGCUCUGCCCCGAAAAAGGGCACGGAGCUGGUGAAGGUGAUGGGCUUGUCCAACUACCACUGUAAGCUCCUGUCCCCGGUGCUGACGCGCUACGGCAUGGACAAGCAGAGCGGCAAGGCCAAGCUCCUGCGCGACAUGAACCAGGGCGAGAUGUUCGACUGCUCCCUGCUGGGGGACCGCGCCUUCCUCAUCGAGCCCGAGCACGUGUCCACGGUGGGCUACGGCAAGGACCGCUCCGGCAGCCUCAUCUACCUGCACGACACGCUGGAGGAGGUGAAGAGGGCCAACGGGGGCGGCGAGUGCCUCAUCCCGGUGCACGUGGACGGGGACGGACACUGCCUGGUGCACGCCGUGUCCCGGGCGCUGGUGGGCAGGGAGCUGUUCUGGCACGCGCUCCGGGAGAACCUCAAACACAACUUCAAGCAGAACCUGGACCGGUACAAGGCGCUGUUCCAGGACUUCAUCGACGCCGCCGAGUGGGAGGACAUCAUCAACGAGUGUGACCCGCUCUUUAUCCCUCCAGAAGGUGUUCCUCUGGGUCUGCGGAACAUCCACAUUUUCGGUCUGGCUAACGUGCUGCACCGUCCCAUCAUCCUGCUGGACUCCCUGAGCGGCAUGCGCAGCUCUGGGGAUUACUCUGCCACCUUCCUGCCCGGCCUGGUGCCAGAGGAGCAGUGCCGCGCCAAAGACGGCAAACUCAACAAGCCCAUCUGCAUCGCCUGGAGCAGCUCAGGGCGCAACCACUACAUCCCCCUGGUGGGCAUCAAGAACACGGUGCUGCCCAAGCUGCCCUCCCGCCUCCUGCCCAAAGCGUGGGGCGUGCCACAGGAGCUCAUCCCCAGGUACAUCAAGCUGGAGGCAGACGGUAGCUGUGUGAUCGGGGGCGACCGCAGCCUCCAGGACAAAUACCUGAUGAGGCUGGUCAACGCCAUGGAGGAGGUGUUUAUGGAGAAGCACAGCAUCCACCCGUCUCUGGUGGCUGAUGUUCACCAGUACGUUUACCGGCGCACUGGAGUCAUCGGCAUCCAGCCCGAGGAGGUGACCGAAGCCGCUAAGAAGUGUGUGCAGGAGAACCGGCUCCACCGUUGCCUGCUCUGUGGAGCUCUGUCUGAGCUGCACGUGCCCCCGGAGUGGCUCUCCCCAGGAGGUAAACUCUACAACCUGGCCAAGUCCACCCACGGACAACUGCGCCCGGACAAGAACUACAGCUUCCCCCUGAACAGUGUGGUGUGCUCCUACGAUCCACACAGAGACACUCUGGUGCCCGACUACAAACUCAGCUCUCUGAGCACGUGCAACUGGUGCCACGGCACGUCUGUGCGCCGCGUCCGUGGGAAUGGCUCUGUGGUUUAUCUGGACGGAGACCGGACCCACAGCAGGUCUCAGGGAGGAAAAUGUGGCUGUGGCUUUAAGCACUACUGGGAGGGCAAAGAGUAUGACAACCUCCCUGAAGCCUUUCCUAUCACCUUAGAGUGGGCGGGCCGCGUGGUCAGGGAAACUGUUUACUGGUUUCAGUACGAGACAGACCCUACCUUAAAUAGCAAUGUUUACGAUGUAGCCAUGAAGCUAGUCACGAAACACUUCCCUGGAGAGUUUGGGAGCGAGAUACUGGUACAAAAAGUGGUCAAUACCAUCUUGCAUCACACGGCAAAGAAGAACCCGGAUGAGUAUAAUCCUGUAUCGAUAGAUGGUGCUCAUGCUCCGCUCAUUUCUGAGUCUGAACCUCCGCCUGACCCUCACCCUCCCACCAAGAUCAUUCUGACGGGUCAGAAAGCCAAAACUCUGCACAAAGAGGAGCUGACCAUGAGCAAAGCUGAGCGCAGCCUCCAGCAGAGCAUCAGCGAGCAGGCCGGGCUGUCGCAGAAACGCCGCACUGACAAACUCAAGCAAGAGCAAAAGAUGAGUGAGGGGCGUGUCUCUCCAGAUAGCUCCUCCCCCUCCUCAUCAGCUCCAGCCACACCCACAAAGUCCCCCUCGUCUUCCUCAUCCAAUAAGGAGAAGAAGCUGCGCGUGACGACCAGUGACGGCAGACAGGCUAUGCUCACCCUACAAGCGAACACAACGUUUACAGAGUUGCAAAAAAGCAUAGCAAAAGAAUUUAAUGUGCCUCCAUCACAGCAGUGCAUCCGCCACGGUUUCCCGCCCAAAGAACUGCUCCCCCCGAAGGACGGAGAGGAGAACGAGCCGGUGGCACUGCAACACGGAGACCGGGUGAGUGUGGAGAUUCUGGUGCGCAAAGGCCCAGAGGAGAAGUCCCUCAGCUCCCACUCUGCUGCCACAAACAAGAGCCAAGAGACGGGGGCCAGGAGCCAGGAGACGGGGGCCAGCCGGGCCAGUCGAGAGCUGCAGGACAGCAUCGACCUGGAGAUGUCCUCCCUCUGCCUGCUGGCCACGCUCAUGGGUGAAGACGUCUGGUCCUACGCCAAGAAGCUGCCCCACCUGUUCCAGCAGGGAGGAGUCUUCUACAACAUCGUCAAGAAGGACAUGGGGCUGCUGGACGGGAAGCACUGCACCCUGCCGCACCUGACGGGGAAGACGUUUGUGUACAGCGCUGCGGAGGACAGGCUGGAGCUGUGCGUGGACACCGCGGGACACUUCCCCGUGGGCCCCGACGUGGAGGAGCUGGUGAAGGAGGCCAUGCUGCAGCUGCGCUCAGAGGCCUCCAGGGGGAGCCGCGAGGGCAGCCCGUCUCACAACACGCUGAAGCUGGGCAGUGGAGGAGUGGUCCUGAAGAAGGAGCAGCUGCACAGCGUCACAGCCUUCCAGGGCAAAGGACACUCUCUGGGCAGCUCCAGCGCAGGCUCCCCCCCAGAGCACCGGACAGGCUCCAGCGGGCAGAGUAAAGGUCAUUCUUUGACCAGCUCCAUCGGAGGCUCCUCCCCUCCAGAUCAUCGGCCAAUCACACGGCAGCACAGCUCCGGGGUGGACCUGAGUGCCAGUGUGAGCCGAGGACCUGCAGAUCUGUCGGACAUCGCAGAGGACGCCUCUAGAGAGCUGGGUAACGCCUCGCGGGAGCUGGUGCGGAUGGCGCCGGGCUUCGUGACCAUGAAGGACGGACGAGGAGGACUGGACCCCGAGAUGAUGGAGCAGCAGCGCAGGGCUCUUCAGGAGAUGGUCUCCUCCAUACAGGCGUCUAUGGAGCGCAACCUGAGGGAGCAGAGGGACAGGACAGCCUCCAGCGGCCAAUCACAGCAGAGCGCGGCCCGGCCUCUCCCGCGGGAGGAGGAGCCGGAGGACAUGGAGAGUCAGGACGUCGAGCAGGGCAGCACUGAGCCGAUGGACCACUCCUGAUUGGACCCUCUAAGCCCCGCCCCCGUCGCCCCUCAGGCCCCUCCCCUACGCAGAAACAGGGUGUACGUUUGAGCCAACACUAAAGCUACUAACAAAGCUCUUUCAGUUAAAGGGCCCAUAUUACGCUUUUUUCUGCUCUAUUAUAAUGUAGUUUCCUCAUCAAAGACAUAACUGGAGCUGUGUUUUGCUUCAUUCACGCAUGUUUAAAGGCUCUCAAACAGGAGAUCCUUUGUUCCACCUUGUGAUGUGAUAAUAAACCUUUUUCACAAUGGCCGAAAGUGCCGCCAUGUCGGGUAAACGUCACUCGUGUUAGUGCUUUUCCAUGGUGAAAUAUCUGUGGAAAUGUCUCGUGUAUUUUCGACCAGCUUCAUAAAUCUGCCCCAUCACCAAAUCUUCAACCAAUAAGGUCGACAAAGGAUAAACAGGAAGAAUUUAUCCGCAACUAUCAAGGUAAGAAAGACGAAAACUUAAAGGCGAACAACAACGAGCAUUAGUGAACUACUCAGCAAAACUAACACAAGUCAGUCGUUAAUAAGGCCCCGUCCACACUAGUACGUAUUAGAGUCAUUUUCGUUGCGGUGCAGUGUUCGUUCACACUAAUCCGAUUGAAAAUUGCUCCAGAGACGGAACGAUCUGGUGCCUCCAGCUCCCACAAAUUCGAUCCGGCACUGUGUGGACGCCUGAAAACGCUGAUACGCUGAUGUAGGUCUGUGCGCCGCGAAGUCAUUCACCGCCAAAAAUGCUGAGAGGCUAGAACAUAUGUCCAUUCAUGUAUAUGGUCUGUGUGUACGACCUGCAGACGUGUAAUCUAUGAAAAUGUUAACAUGAACCAUCUCCAACGUGACAGAAGCACAGAACAGACUCACCAUCAGCAGAACACCCCUCUGUCACAGAAAAAACACUCAUAUUCCACUGAGUCGUGUCCUUUAGUCCGACAGAAGUUGAACCACAUCGGCGCACAAGGAACGGGCUGUUUUGAGCGCUCAGUUUAUGCAAAUUAGCCAACAAAUUUUAAGUGUUGUUUCUGCAAAACGUAACCAAACUAACUUUUGUCCAGUCGCCAAACUGAUUUUUCUCCUCUCCAUGGAUUCUACCUGGACGACUGAGGGAUUCUUCACACGUAAACAAAUAGGCUCAAAGCUGUGUGGACAGGGAAAGACUGCGGACACAGAAACGACAGAAAUGUCUGGACGCAGGUCGUUUCCGAUACGGUGAUACGCGGAUUUGUUUCAGUGUAAACGAAACAAACUUGCUACAGAUGUUCACAGAUUACACACACAAAUCUACACAAAACUUUCUGUCUAUGUGAAUAUCUACAUCAUGAAAUCGAUUUUUAAUUUUAAUUCUAGAAUCAGUCUGAGUUAACAAGUCACUUAUGUUUUAUUCAUGACCAUAAUGUUAGUUUUGCUCAGGAGUAGUUCACUAGUGCGUCGUCGUUGUUCUCCUUUAAGUUUUCGUCUUUCUUUCCUUGAUAGUUGUGGAUAAAUUCUUCAUGGACAGAAUGUUUAUCCUUUGUCGACCUUUUUGGUUGAAGAUUUGGUGAUGGGACAGAUUUAUGAAGCUGGUGGUAAAAACCCGAGACAUUUCUACAGAUAUUUUGCCGUAGAAAAGCAUUAACCGGGAGUUGCGUUGUGAAAAAGGGCUAUACAGGAUGUUUUUAAACUCUAUACACCUUCACUAGAAUCAUUUGGAUGAUUUCAGCGCUGGAAUUGUCGAUCUCUACUGAACGAAAGCUAAAAGGAGCUGUUAACUUGAAAUUUACCGCCUCAUGAGCAUUUUGAGAUUUUUAGAUGGAGACGGGGCUCCUCAAACACGUGUGAAUGAAACAAAACACAACUCCAGCUCUGGUUUUGAUGAGAUAACGGCUUUAUAACACGGCUUAAAGCUCACAAGAAUCAUUUUUUGCGUAAUAUCGGACCUUUAAGUCUCCGUGUUCAGUGUCAUGGUCCCAGGCGGUGAUUCAAGACAAGCAGAGACCGAAGGAACAAAGGACUGGACAGAAGGCGUUUGCAGUGACAGUGCGUGUGACUCCUUUGGGUGUACCGCUGGUUUUGGGUGCUCUUCUCCUCAGGCUUCAGCGGGUUCUCCAGGAGCACCCGGAGAGUCGGGUGCCUUAGACUGCAGGAAGGAAGGACAACUUCUCCGACGACGAAAUGAAAUUGCAAAUAUUUAUUGCAGAUCUGAUGCAUCUUUUAUUUUCUAUUUUAUAAAUAAUUCUAUCAGCUUAACUCACAAUAGGGUUUAUCAUUCUGUACAAUGUAAAAAUCAUAAUAAUAAUCUAAUAUUUGAAAGCAAGUA